AUGUUUAAGGUGGCCCCGUACGUUCCAUACAUUUACAAAUGCUCAAAUGGAAGCAACUUUUUCAAAUUUUACAAUCAAAUAAAGACAAAGGGGUACUCCGAUUUACUUAAUUUUGCCAAGGGCUUGUACCUUUACUUGUGCAGGAAUUGCCACAAAAAUGAUGAUCUGUUCAUACAUUUUUCGAAAAAAUUGUUCAGAGACAUUCAUGGGGAAAAUUUCGGGGAGAGGAACAAGAAGGACCUGUGCUUGUUAAUGCUGUUGUAUAUGAAAUGUAAAAAAAGGAGUAAAUCGUUUGUACUCGGUAAGGACAUAAUUAAGCACAUAAGUUGCGCAAUCGAAGAAAAUUUAGACAACUUCGAUGAAGAUGAUCUCUCCACCGUUUUGACCUUCUUAAAUUGCACAGCGAAUAACAAGUUGUACUCACCCCGCGGUAUAGUAAAAAAUGACGUAAGUGCCAGAAUUACAACACAGAUUAUUCAGCGAAGCGAUAAUUAUUUGCACAAUUUCAGGCAGACAAAAAAUCUGUGUAUAUUGUAUAGCUAUUUAUGCAGAGAAAACAUAAGCGUCAAAUUACACAAUAACAUUUUGGGACGAAUUUUUAGCGGUGUAGAUCGCUGUGGGGACACCGAUUUGACCAACAUUGUAUUUAACUUUUACUACAUUAACAGCGUUUUUUUUAAAAAAUUUUUAAGCAAAAUAUGCGAACUAGGCAAUACUCAGAAUGGCGCGUUUUAUAGCAGCAACAUAGAAAAGAUAAACGACAGCAAAACUGAAGCGUGCACGAGUGGGGAGGACACACCGUUGACGAAAAAAUGGGGUGAGGAGUUAUCCUCUCAGGAGGCACAUUCCGUAGGUAGCACUGUUAGCAGUGAAGGGGUUACAUGUCAUUCGAGCCCCGUUUAUAAAUGUGACAUGCUAGGGCGUACGGCUGGAGACACCCAUUUCUCGCGAGAAAAAGCCACCCGUUGUGUGACGUACGGCAACAUAUUCAAUAUUUACAACUGCAGUAUGUUCCUGCAUGGAUUCAUAAAUGAUUAUAACAACCUUUUUUUAAAAAGGAAAAUAGGAAAAUUGCUAGACCGAUGCAACUUCAUAGAUAACAUUUGGAAAAACUGCAGACUGAUGCAUGUUUUUUACUACACACUUGAGCAUUAUAUGAACACAGGGGCGAGUCAGGAAAUGAAUGUGGACAGUGUACAGCGCAUCCUAAGAAAGGGAUACACUGAUGAGGACGCUACCCUUAAAAUGAAGGAGGUAAAAUUGUACAGUAAUAUCUUUUGCGCGGAUAACAUAAAACUGUUGAUGUAUGUAUACCAGGACGGAGUACACUACUACGGACGCUACUUCGACGCUUGCAGGGCGUUCCUAGAUAAGUACAUACUAAGUUUGCUUCAGGGGGAGGUUUACAAAGAUGAAUCUACUGGAAAUAACACAACGAAAGGAACAACACGAAUAAAGCACGAACAUAUUUACCUACUGCUGAGCGUUUUAAAUCAAAUGAAUGUGCAAAAUGAGGCAACAUUUGACUUAGUAAUGCGAAAUUUUAAGCUUAAUGGGAAGAGUUACCCCCUUAAGACAAGUCUCCUGAUGCUGCAAUUUUGCCACUCCCAUGGGGGCGAUGAUGCAUACCGUGACAUUUAUACACACAUAGGGAGAACCCUCGAUUCGCUGAUCAGCUGUGAUAAUGCCAUCUUACCAAAUAAUUUCGGAGUUUUAUUUUUUCCCCCUUUUUUGGUGAAGGAAGGAGUAUGCAGAAUGUACCUCUCUCUGUUUGUAAAAGGCGCCACAUGGUAUUUACACAGAAAGGACAAAACACAAACUUAUAGGUUAACUGAUGAGCUGUUAUACUUUGCCUUAAGUUACAACAUACUAUGUAGAGACACUAAUGCACAUGAGGAGAAUUUUUUAAAAUAUUUUAAAUUAAAAGAAUUAAAAAAGAUUUAUGAAUUUAUUCACGAAUUUGAAAAAAUAACAAAAAAAAAUUCCUUCAAAUUAAAGAGAACGGGUACAAAAAAAAAAAAAAAAAUUAACAGAUUUUAUUUUUACCUUGAAAAGGUACACAUGAAGAGUCUUGCGAAUUAUGUUGAGAUAUGCCAUCGGCAGAGUGGAAGUGCGUGUUUAAAUUUUUUGAAUUUUUUUGCCGUCUAUAAGGGGUGCUCCCAUGUGUAUGAGGGAUACGGCGCGAAGUACCUUCCCCCAUCCGUGGCCCCUGCGAUCGCGUUGUGCCGCGAGGGGCAUGUGUGA